UUAUUUAAAAUUACUGUGAACCAAACAGGGUAUUAAAUUAGAGAUACACGCCACUGACAGUAAAAGAAAUGUGUGGUUGGUUCAUCACUCCAAAGUUCAAUAAAAUUUCAGUUAUCUAUGAAAACAGUUUGCUUUAUGUAUUUGCAUCUCAUUUAAUGGGUUUGUCUGGAGUAACUAAAUAUGGCUAAUGUAUUCAAAUCUUUGAUUCUUGGAGCCCCAGCUUCUGGGAAAGGAACUAUUUCUGGCAGGAUAAUAAAAAAUUUCAAUUUGGAACAUAUAUCUAGUGGAGAUAAGCUGAGGCAGAACAUUCAAAACAAAACCGCCAUUGGCGUUGAAGCCGAGAAAUACAUAAAAGAUGGCAAACUGGUGCCGGACGACAUUAUGAUAAAAUUCAUCACAUCCGAACUGAAAAAAUUGCCCAAUCAAAUGUGGCUGCUAGAUGGUUUUCCAAGGACUAUUUCUCAAGCCGAAGCACUAUGGAAAGUGGAGAAAUUGGACUUAGCAAUAAAUUUGGUUGUGCCAUUCCAAGUUAUCAUCGACAGGGUGAAGGGAAGGUGGGUACAUUUACCAAGUGGUCGAGUAUACAAUGAAGGAUUCAAUUCGCCAAAGGAAAAGGGCAAAGACGAUGCCACUGGUGAACCCUUAGUCCAGAGAGAAGAUGACAAACCUGAAGUUGUACUGAAACGUUUAGAACUUUAUGAGCGGAUGACGAAACCUGUGAUAGAGUUCUACAAGGACAAAAAAAUUCUGAGAGAUUUCCACGGAGAAACGUCCGACGAGAUAUGGCCGAAAGUUUUAGAUUGCUUGGUGACCUAUCUACCGCUGCAUAUAACUUCUGAGAAACAGAGAUAAUAAAUAAACAAAAGCGUUUGUUAUUGUUCACAUGAAUACUUAUUACAUGUAUAUUUCGAAAGGAAGGUCAA